AAGAAGAAGGACGCCCAUUUUACUUGCACUGUACAUCGAGAAGGGCUGAAAUAUUAUCAGACAGAAGAGGACAAAGAGCUGCAAUGGACGGGUAACUGUGUUCACUUCACCAGUACCUAUAGAUGUCGCGGUUGGUGUGAAGAGAGGCUCAGAUGAGCUCAACAUGUAUGGUAGCAGUCCCAGCUCCAUGACUGCGAAUGGCAGUGACAGUAAGAAACAGCGCCUAGAUGAAUCACCUCCCUCCAGAGUUCUCCACAUAAGGAAACUUCCCAGUGAAGUAUCAGAGACGGAAGUCAUUGCUUUGGGCCUCCCCUUUGGAAAGGUCACCAACAUUCUGAUGCUCAAGGGGAAAAACCAGGCGUUUCUGGAGUUGGGUACAGAGGAAGCAGCCAUUACGAUGGUGAACUACUAUACAGCUGUCACACCACAGGUCAGGAACACACCUGUCUUCAUCCAGUACUCCAACCAUAAGGAGCUGAAAACAGAUUCUGCUCUAAACCAGAGGGCCCAGGCAGUACUGCAGGCAGUGACAGCAGUUCAGGAUGGAAGUUCUCCAUCUUCUGACCCAGGAGUUCUUGACCUUGCUCCACCCCCCAGCCCUGUCCUGCGAAUUAUUAUUGACAACAUGUUUUAUCCUGUGACACUGGAUGUUCUCCAACAGAUCUUCAGCAAAUUUGGCACCGUAAUGAAGAUUAUAACCUUCACCAAGAACAACCAGUUUCAAGCUCUUCUUCAGUUCAGUGACCCUGUCAAUGCACAGCAAGCUAAACUGUCUUUGGAUGGACAGAACAUCUACAAUUCUUGUUGCACUCUGCGGAUAGACUUCAGUAAACUGGUCAACCUCAAUGUCAAAUACAACAAUGAUAAGAGUCGAGAUUACACCAGACCUGACCUUCCAACUGGGGACGGAGAGACAACCAACAAGGAUCAUUCACUCUUGGGUACCCCAUCUGGAGCCCUAGCUUCCUACUCGAGUGGAGGAGGUUACUCAUCUUCUCUCUCCCUUUCACAGGGUGGAGGAGCCAUGAGUCCUCUGAGUGCUGCAGCCGCAGCAGCAGCAGCUGCAGGUCGCGUUGCUCUCUCUGGGUCCGGAGUGUCAGGAGUCCUGUUGGCCUCCAACUUAAAUGACGAGAUGGUCACGCCUCAAAGUCUCUUUACCCUCUUCGGUGUCUAUGGCGACGUGCAGAGGGUGAAGAUCCUCUACAACAAAAAGGACAGUGCUCUGAUCCAGCUGUCUGACGGCAACCAGGCUCAGCUGUCUAUGAGCCAUUUGAAUGGUCAGAAGGUGUUUGGUAAAGUGAUGAGAGUGACACUGUCAAAACACCAAACUGUGGCUUUACCCAGAGAAGGCCUGGAUGAUCAACUACUAACUAAAGAUUUUUCUGGCUCUCCCCUCCACCGCUUUAAGAAGCCAGGAUCAAAGAACUUCCAGAAUAUCUUUCCCCCCUCUUCGACACUUCAUCUCUCCAACGUCCGGGAUGGUGUUGGAGAGGAUGAUCUUCGUCUUCUGUUCUCUAACAGUGGAGGAACUGUCAAGGCCUUCAAGUUCUUCCAGGACCGUAAGAUGGCCUUGAUCCAGAUGACGUCAGUUGAGGAGGCGAUCCAAGCACUGAUGGAUCUUCACAACUAUGACAUGGGAGGGAAUCACCAUCUAAAAGUUUCAUUUUCAAAGUCCACCAUCUAACUUUCACACCCAACUUCAAGAUCCAUGACGAGUGAGGAAGUCCCCACUGUUUUCCACUUAUCCAUAUGUUCCGUUUCUUUGCACUGCACCUAAACCUUUAAACAAGUAUUAUAAUAUUACACAUCCGGUGAAAUCAAGUAACAGUUGAAAUAUUCAGAAAACCCAAGUUACACAGAGUAAACUCCUGACCAAUGGAAGUAGCAUUUACGCCUGGCCCAUAGCGAUUUGUUAAAUGUCCAAAUCCCUGCUUUUUUCUUCACAGCAUCUUUAAGAGCAGCUUCUGAGGAUCUUUAUCUCCAGAGGUUUAACGUUUCACCUUGCUGCUGUGAUGUAGACGUAUACCUUUGGGUGUGUCCUUAUGUUGUGACAUCACUGCUGGGUGUGGCACUUCAGACCACACCCAGCAGUGAGUGUUGGUGUGUAAUGAAAAGAACUUGGACUCUCUUUCACCGGUCGACAUGGCAGCAGAUACUGUCUUCUUGAACAAAUAUUGAGUUCUGCUAUUAAUGAUUAUUUUUAAGUAUUAAGUAUAAAGAAGAAGGUGGUGUUUUCACUGAAGUGGGAUUCACACCAUCCUCUCCUCACAUCUGCAAAGAGCUAUUUACAUCACCACCUACUGUAGUUUUCAAGGGAUUUUGAGAACCUACAAUAAAACAGCUUUCUGCAACACACAAUCACUUAAAAUGAUUUUCAGACGCAACCGAAAUUUGAGGACGCUAGCACUUAUAAAUCCUCAAAGGUAGAAUAAACUACUAAUUAUAUAUGAUGCCUUAUCGUAGCUGUUCUAUUGGGAUGUUUAGACGCAUUCUGGAAAGUUCGAUGCCUUGAGGACAAUUGGUCGUUCCCCAAAUUUUCCUUUCAAAAUAACUUUGACACUGACAAUGACGACUCAAAGGUGGAGCUACAAUGUUCUAAAUCCUAUCCCUCUCUUUUUAAAACCGUAGCUGUGAGCGCACUCUCUCUCUCCCUCACACACACACACACACACAGGAAUGCGCGUUCAUGCUCUCUGUUUAGAUAAGGUUUAAAUAUGAGGUUCUGGUCUUGGUCUCUUCUUUUGGAAGGAGACCUGUUAUGACCAAAGUACAUGCGCCUUUAGUCUCUGGUCUAAUUUUACUGUUGAUUCUUUUGUGUCUUCAAACAAUGAAUUUUACCGACAAUUUUUGUUUAACCUUGGUUGUAAAGCUGUAGAAGCAGAAUAUUUUAUUUUAUAAAUACAACCUCCUCUUCCCAGUCAGACACGGUGAGCUUAUUUAUCAUGCAGAGAUUCACCGAAACCUGAGGUCCCCUCUAGUGUUUCAAAUUUUGUACUUCUCUGUGGUUCUUUCUUGCAGCUGCAGAGGUUAUUUUUGGGGUUAUUUCAUUUAUUUGUUGAAGGGGGUUGUUUUAAUUUCUUCACUUCAUGUUUGUCUUUCUGUCAUUAGAUUUCAGAUCAGCACAAAUUAAAAACGUCUUUUCUACCAAAGAGGCAAAGUAAAA